AAACCCUGUGGGCCGGCAUAGUCCUUGUGUGGGUAAGAGUGACGCGCGGCUGCCGGUUAACUGGUUACUUUUUUGUUUGUUUUUGUGUAAUCAGAUUAUUUGCAAACCGAUCGGGAAGAUGUCUAAACCACUGUCAGACCACGACAGGAGGAAGCAGAUUUCGGUGCGAGGGCUCGCGGGCGUGGAAAAUGUGGCGGACCUCAAGACAAAUUUUAACCGGCAUCUGCACUUCACAAUGGUGAAGGACCGAAAUGUGGCGAUGAAACGGGAUUAUUACUUCGCUCUUGCCCACACCGUCCGUGAUCACCUAAUUGGAAGGUGGAUCCGAACACAGCAGCACUACUACGAAAAAGAUCCCAAACGUGUUUACUACAUUUCCUUGGAGUUCUACAUGGGCCGAACCCUGCAGAACACCAUGGUAAACCUGGCGCUGGAGAAUGCCUGCGACGAGGCCACGUACCAGCUCGGCCUUGACAUGGAGGAGCUGGAGGACAUGGAGGAGGAUGCUGGCUUGGGAAAUGGAGGCUUGGGACGUCUGGCGGCCUGUUUUCUGGACUCCAUGGCAUCACUGGGGCUGGCAGCCUACGGCUAUGGCAUCCGCUAUGAGUUUGGCAUCUUCAACCAGAAAAUCUGCAACGGCUGGCAGGUGGAGGAGGCAGACGAUUGGCUGCGCUACGGCAACCCCUGGGAGAAGGCGCGCCCCGAGUACAUGCGCCCCGUCCACUUCUAUGGCAGAGUGGAGCACCACCCAGAUGGGGUCAAAUGGGUUGACACUCAGGUAGUCUUGGCCCUGCCUUACGACACCCCCGUCCCCGGGUACAGGAACAACGUGGUCAACACCAUGAGGCUGUGGUCUGCCAAGGCACCCUGCGAGUUCAACCUGAAAGACUUUAACAUCGGCGGCUAUAUCCAGGCUGUGCUGGACAGAAACCUGGCUGAGAACAUCUCCCGUGUGCUGUACCCCAAUGACAACUUCUUCGAGGGUAAGGAGCUGCGUCUGAAGCAGGAGUACUUUGUGGUGGCCGCCACCCUUCAGGACAUCAUCCGCCGCUUCAAGGCCUCCAAGUUUGGCUCCAAGGAAGUCGUGCGUACGGACUUCACUGCCCUGCCCGACAAGGUUGCCAUCCAGCUGAACGACACCCACCCCGCCAUGGCGAUCCCCGAGCUGAUGAGGAUCCUGGUCGACGAGGAGAAGCUGCCCUGGGAUAAGGCCUGGGACAUCUGCAAUCGCACCUGCGCCUACACCAACCACACUGUCCUGCCCGAGGCGCUGGAGCGCUGGCCCAUCGACCUCUUCCAGCACCUGCUGCCCCGGCACCUGGAGAUCAUCUACGAGAUCAACAGACGCCACAUGGAGCGUGUCGCUGCUCUGUACCCCGGCGAUUUUGACCGUAUGCGUCGCAUGUCCCUGAUCGAGGAGGGCCCUCACAAGACGGUCAACAUGGCGCAUCUGUGCAUCGUGGGCUCCCACGCCGUCAACGGUGUCGCUCGCAUCCACUCUGAGAUCCUCAAGGCUACUGUAUUUAAGGACUUCUACGAGAUGGACCCCGACAAGUUCCAGAACAAGACCAAUGGCAUCACCCCACGCCGCUGGCUGGUGAUGUGCAAUCCUGGACUGGCCGAAGUCAUCGCAGAGAGAAUCGGAGAAGAAUUUGUCCGUGACCUGGACCAGCUGAAGAAACUGCUGAAGUUCAUCAAUGAUGACGCUUUCAUCCGGGACGUCGCCAAUGUCAAACAGGAGAACAAGCUGAAAUUCGCUGUGCACCUACAAGAGCACUACAAGGUGGCGAUCAACCCCAACUCCAUGUUUGACUUCCAAGUCAAGAGAAUUCAUGAAUACAAGAGACAGCUGCUCAACUGCCUUCACAUAAUCACCUACUACAACAGAAUCAAGAAGGAGCCCAACAAGCAGUGGACCCCCAGAACCAUCAUGAUCGGUGGAAAGGCCGCCCCAGGCUACCACACCGCCAAGAUGAUCAUCAGGUUGAUCACCGCCAUCGGCGAAAUCGUCAAUAACGACCCCGUGGUGGGCGACCGCCUCAAAGUCAUCUUCCUGGAGAACUACAGGGUGACGCUGGCAGAGAAAGCCAUCCCCGCGGCUGACCUGUCGGAGCAGAUCUCCACCGCCGGCACGGAGGCCUCUGGCACCGGCAACAUGAAGUUCAUGCUGAACGGCGCCCUCACCAUCGGCACCAUGGACGGCGCCAACGUGGAAAUGGCGGAGGAGGCCGGCGAGGAGAACCUCUUCAUCUUCGGCAUGAGGGUGGAGGACGUGGACGCUAUGGACGCGAAAGGGUACAAUGCUAACGAGUAUUACAACAGCAUCCCUGAGCUGAAGCAGGCCAUCGACCAGAUCGCGGGGGGCUUCUUCAGCCCCAAACAGCCCGACCUCUUCAAGGACAUCGUCAGCCUGCUGAUGCACCAUGACAGGUUCAAGGUGUUUGCUGAUUACGAAGACUACAUCAAAUGCCAGGAGAAAGUCAAUGCGCUGUACAAGAACCCCAAGGAAUGGACCAAGAUGGUGAUCCAUAACAUUGCCGGCUGUGGCAAGUUCUCCAGCGACCGCACCAUCGCCGAGUAUGCCCGAGAAAUCUGGGGCGUGGAGCCCAGUCUGGAGAAGCUCGCCGCCCCCGAUGAAGUGCAUUAGCCUGCCCUGGCUCCGCCUUAACACCACCCGAUCUGCUUAACAGAGUCCUGGAAAUUCAACUUUAAAUAAAGCAACUAAAGUAAAAUAAAAAAAAAAAUUUUCAAAAACAAAUAAAAAAA